AUGUCUGACAAUUCAAACAAGUCCUUCACUUCACUUCCUAUUCUGGACCACUUUGUCAUCCUGGUCUCCCACCACGAUCUCCUCCAGAUUUCACAGCGCGUAGACGGUCACUUCACCCUUGCGCUUGGCGGAAACCACGCCGACGGUCUCACAACCAACAAAUUAAUUCUCCUGCAAGAUGGAACCUACCUGGAACUCAUCGCUUUCUUUGACGAUGCAGAUCCCGAGAAGCGUCGGAACCAUCGCUGGGGGAACGAGACAGAGGGCACGAUCAUUGACUGGGCGCUGACCUUGCCAUCGGAGAGUGACUUUGAAACCAUACAGAAGAGAUUCCAGUCAGCCAAGCUCGAUGCGUCCUAUACAGAUCCUAUCCCCGGAGGUCGCACCAAGCCCGAUGGAACGGUCUUGGAGUGGGCCGUUUGUACGCCAAGGGAUAACGAGGACCAGCCCAUUACCCCUGGACAAAUGCCGUUCUGGUGUCUUGAUCGCACGCCGCGAGAUAGACGAGUGCCUUAUCGGGUGGAGCCUCAUCUAAGUGAACAUCCCAGUGGUGUCAGGGGAGUGAGCUCCGUCCAGGUGCAGAUGUCUCAACAGGACUUGCGCAACAUGGAACGGGUUUACAAUGUGAUCUUUGAUGGGCCAGCAAGGUACCAGGUUCCAUCCGGCUCGACAUGUGCUGAGCAUGAGGUCUCUCUUUCUCAAGGCGAAAAGUCAAUCAAUCUCGUUUUGUAUGGAUCUCAGCCGGGAAAAGUCGAACUGCUGCCAGGUCUCUCCUUGGAAAUCAAAGCUGUGGCAAACAAGUGA